AUGGGAAAUGUUUACUAUGGAAAUGUUGUUGAUGCAACGUUUGCUGUAAAUUCAAGAGGAAUUUUUGAUGUAAUUCUUCAGAUGGAAGCAAAGAAAGGAGGUUUCGCAACAUUGCCCGGUGUUAAUGUUGAUGAAGUCCUCGGUAACUUUAUUGUUCAAUAUGAUAUCGUGGACAACAAGGUGGAGUUUUCCGGUGGAAAUAUCCCGAUCUCAAAGAAUGCCGAUGGUCAUUGGGUUUUCGAUGCCAGUGCAACUCAAGCCACCGGAGAACAGGUAACCGAAGUAUUGGACGAAUGGGGAAAGAACUUGGGUCUCCAAUCGGAGAUGAGAAAUCACUACAAUAAAGAUAAAUGGUUGGGUGUUGAUUUCGACCCAAGCAAUCAAGACGCUCACAACAAUGGGUUAAAGGAUAAUGCACUCUACACUUCAAAGAGCUACGGUAAGGAAUUCCAAGACAUCGCCAAUAAGAUCGGAGACAUCAACAAUCACGAGAGAGUCGGUGAUGCAUUGGAUCUGGCGAGACAAGCUCGGUUGGUCGACGCGCAAGAUCGUGCCAGAGAACUGGAGGAAUCGUACGUAGCGAGAGAUGCACUCGACGGUAUCGGAGAUCCCGCACAGCGACAAGCGAUCUUUGAAUCGAAACUACCCGGUGUUUUACCGGGUCUUGCAACGGAUACUCCAGAUAUUGCCAAUAAAAGAAUUAAAACCUAUUUAAGAGGUCUGAAACAAAGUUUCAAAAAUCAUCUUAAAUCGUUCAACUAUAUGGAGAACAUUAAAUUGGCAAUGGGAGGACAUCCACAAGUCCCCGCUGCACAUUUCGAUCCCGCUUACUAUCCAGGUGCUGAAUUUGCAAGAGUUAGAGCUGAUUGUACUUAA